CCCAGGCAGGCGCAGGUGACACAGGGAUGCGUCCAGCUGGGUUUGGGAUGUCUCCGCAGAGGGAGGAUCCACGCCUUCCCUGCAUGGCCUGUUCCAGGGCUCUGCUGCCCUCAAAGAAGUUCUUCCUCAUGUCGAGGUCUUCUCCAAACAACAGGGGUGUGGAGCUGUGCAGGGUCCUGCCUGGAGCUGCUCAGCAUCCCGGGAGCCGCUGCUGCCUCCGAGCUCCUCCCCGAGCAGAGUUGUGGUUUUAAGAAGAUGGAGGUGGCUCAUCCUGCGUUACAGGACAGGACAGGGGAUUCCAAACCAAAACACUGCCCAGUUCUGACCAGCGCCUCUGUGCUGCUCUGGAAGAGGAUGGGUGUGGGGAGAGUGAAACGAGAGAGGAAGCGGAUGUAUCACACCGAGCCAGGGAGGUGAAGACAGCUCCUUCAGCCACGAGGAUAUUCUCCCACCUUGGUGCAAGACAGCAAAGUCCAGACAGGAUCUGAGCCUGGGCCAGCAGGAAUCUUUCACUGGCUGCUGCCUUUGUGCUUUGGAGCCCUGCAGAAGGUGAACGUGUGUCUGCAUCACGUGAGGGCUGGAGUGAUGGGCUGAUGCCUAAGAAGCUGAGCUACGUUUCAGAAAGGAGGGCCUGCUGGUGAGAAGAUGACUUUAUCCAGGAACUCUCCACUGCUGAAGGAGCUGAAGGCUAAAGACUCUCAUCUGUCCCCAAAAAGCAGGAAGCACAGCCAUGGGUGAGAAAUGACCCAGCUAUCUGGAGCAGAAAUGGAAGCGCCUCAGGAAACAUCUGUAGAGGCCUCCAGGACUGUAGGCAGCAAGGGGAGGUUCUGGAGGAGGCUCCAAAGUCCUGCACACAGCAGACAACCCUCAAAGUAUGGAAAAAAAGCCACCUUCUUGUGCCAAACCAAGCUGGGCUGAAUGGCCCCAUCCACGCUCCCUGGAACAGCCCUGGUCCAAUCCUGAUUCCUCAGAGGGGUUGGCAUUGGCAGCUGGAUUAUCGUGGUGCCUUGAGAAAGAACUCCUGCACAGCAUUUUUCAUGUAGGCAGAAGCUGUUAGUGCUGAAAACCUUCCCAAAAAAGGAUUCCCCUGAGCUGCACACCGUGACUGCUGCCUUGACGUUCUGCCGAGCUGACAUCCCAACCGGUGUGACACUGAUGCCUUUGGGCAGAAAUCAGAGCCGGUUUGCUGCAUGGCUCUGUGCAGCCACGGUGCCUGUAGCGCCUCGGAGAGCCCCCAGUGCCCUGCUGGGGAAAUGGAGCGAGCACGUGGGCCCCAGAUGAACCCGGAGCGGAGCGCGGGCGUUAUCCGCAGCCGUCCCGCUGCCCGUUCCCGGUUUUAAGUGUCCACAUUGACAUGGGUUUAUCUCUCAUUUUUUUUCCCCCUCUCCCUUUUCUCUCCCUUUUUGCCUUGCCUGCGAGAGGGUUGGUUUCCUGUUUCUCCCCCCGGCUGCAGAGUCCUUGGGGACCUGGGUUUCCGUGAGCUGGAAAAGGAGCGCGCAAGCGUCUGAUCAGCCCUUAUUAGUGUUGAGAAAGACCUAAUGGUUCCUGGCUUCUGGGACCAUUACCUGUCAUUUACUUUUAUUAAGUCGGUGAUGAGAAAGUUUAAAAUUAAAGGCUUUGUAAAUUGGAUUCCAGUUCUAAAGGGAGGCACCGACCAGGAAUUCAGUGCCAGAGCCUGCAGAUGGGCUGCUGGGAACAACACCGGGCUGGGGCGUUUGUGUUCAGCUGCUUUGGCAAAGGUCCUGUGCCAGGGCAUGGAGGGGAGGUGGUUUGGGCAAAGCCCUGGGGUAUCUAUCAGCUAUAUGAACCAUGUAAUCCUUCCUUUGCCAGGCUACUCGUGUCCAGACCUCCAGCUCCGGGUCAGGAGGAAGGGUGGUCUUCUGGUCGAGCCAUUACCCAGCCUGUGACUUCUGUUCCAGCUGAAAUGAUCCCAGGCAUAGCAGCUCCUGGACUUCAGCUAAUUGCACCAUUGCCUUGAAGGAGGAGUGAUGCCUCUCCCAGGUUUCCCUGGGAGGAGCUGAUCUGUGAGCUGUUCCGUGGUCACUGACAUCAUUCCCGCGUUCCCAGCCCUGCCACCCGACCGCAAGGCUCUCACAAGGGUGUGCAGUGGCCCAUCCUUCCUUCUGUCAGUUCUUCCCAGAUUCCAAAAGCACAGAGAAGGGGAUAAACUCCAGCAAUGUGUUUUCUAAAUAGACUAUGAAAAAAAAAAAAAAAGAAUUAAAGACAAGUGUGAAGCCUCCUCCAGCUCCUCCUGUCGCUUGGGCAAUGCUGGUGCCACGUGUCAGGACAAACAGAGGAGACAUCUGGAACGGGUUCAUGAAAGUUCCUCAGUCUGGUUCAGCUCCUGGUCACACGGAGUUUUCCUGGCACAAACGAGUGGAAAGAGCACUUUGGCAUGGAGGGGAAAUGAGCAGCAGAGGGUGAAAGAAACCACUCCGGGACUACUCCAGCAGUAGGAAGACCGAGGAGUGGAGUGGAUGAAUUUACCGAUGAGAGAUCCAGUAAUCCCUGGGACAAGCAUGGCUUAUCAUCCUUUUUUACCGCACCGGGCACCGGACUUUGCCAUGAGCGCUGUGCUGGGACAUCAGCCUCCCUUCUUCCCGGCUCUGGCUUUGCCUCCCAAUGGGGCAGCCGCCCUUUCCCUUCCCGGGGCUCUGGCUAAACCCAUCAUGGAUCAGUUAGUGGGGGCUGCAGAGACUGGUAUCCCCUUUUCUUCCCUGGGUCACCAGGCAGCAGCCCAUCUGAGGCCUUUAAAAACUCUGGAGCCAGAAGAAGAGGUGGAAGACGAUCCGAAAGUGCAUCUGGAAGCUAAAGAGCUUUGGGAGCAGUUCCAUAAAAGAGGCACGGAGAUGGUGAUUACCAAAUCGGGAAGGAGAAUGUUUCCUCCAUUUAAAGUGAGAUGCACUGGACUGGAUAAAAAGGCCAAGUACAUUUUAUUGAUGGAUAUUGUGGCGGCUGAUGAUUGUAGGUACAAAUUCCAUAAUUCCCGGUGGAUGGUAGCCGGCAAAGCUGACCCUGAAAUGCCAAAGAGAAUGUACAUCCACCCGGACAGCCCGGCCACCGGCGAACAAUGGAUGUCCAAAGUCGUCACCUUUCACAAGCUGAAGCUCACUAACAACAUCUCUGACAAGCACGGAUUUACCAUUUUAAACUCCAUGCACAAGUACCAGCCCCGGUUCCACAUCGUCCGAGCCAACGAUAUCCUCAAGCUUCCCUACAGCACGUUCAGGACCUACGUUUUCCCGGAGACUGAAUUCAUCGCAGUGACCGCAUACCAGAAUGAUAAGAUCACCCAAUUAAAAAUUGACAACAACCCCUUUGCCAAAGGUUUUCGGGACACCGGGAAUGGAAGGAGGGAAAAAAGGAAGCAGCUGACCCUGCAGUCCAUGCGGGUGUACGACGAGAGGCAGAAGAAGGAGAACCCCACCUCGGACGAGUCGUCCAACGAGCAGACGGCCUUCAAGUGCUUUGCCCAGUCCUCCUGUCCUGCCGUGCCUGCCGUUGGCACCUCCAGCCUCAAAGAUCUCUGCCCCAGCGAGGGAGACAGCGAUGCAGACAGCAAAGACGAUCCCUUGCUAGAAGGCAACGAGUCGGGCAAAAUCAGCACGACCACCGCCGGCACCCCAGCGCCGGCCAGCUCCGCUGCCACCGCGGGGGACGACCCCCGGGAGAAGGGGGGCAGCCCCUCCAAAAGCCACUUCUUCCCCGGGGACUCGGCGGGGAGUAGGAGCCGGGAGAGGACUGAGAAAGCCCCUCCGGACUCCAGGCACAGCCCGGCUGCGAUCUCUUCCAGCACCCGGGGGGGAAGCCUGAGCGGCGAGGAACUGAAAAGCCCCCUCAGGGAUGGCCCCAAAGUAGAUGAGAACAGGCUGCUGGGGAAAGAGCCCUUCGCCCCCCUGACGGUCCAGACCGACAGCACGGCCCACCUGAGCCAGGGACACUUGCAGAACCUCGGCUUCCCCCCUGCCCUGGCCGGCCAGCAGUUCUUCAACCCGCUGGGGAACGGGCACCCGCUGCUGCUGCACCCCGGGCAGUUCGCCAUGGGGGGGGCUUUCUCCGGCAUGGCCGCGGGGAUGGGGCCCCUCCUCGCCACCGUCUCCGGGGCAUCCGCCGGGGUCUCGGGACUGGACAACACGGUCAUGGCCACGGCGGCGGCCCAGGGACUCUCGGGAGCAUCGGCGGCUGCUUUGCCUUUCCAUCUGCAGCAGCACGUCCUGGCUUCGCAGGGCCUGGCCAUGUCUCCCUUCGGAAGCCUCUUCCCCUACCCCUACACCUACAUGGCGGCGGCGGCCGCCGCCUCCAGCGCCGCCUCCAGCUCGGUGCACCGGCACCCCUUCCUGAGCGCCGUGCGGCCGCGGCUCCGCUACAGCCCCUACCCGCUGCCCGUGCCCCUCUCCGACGGCAGCAGCCUCCUCACCACCGCCCUGCCCGGCCUGGCCGCCGGCUCCGGCGAGGGCAAGGCGGGGGGGCUGAGCGCCAGCCCCGGCUCCGUGCCCCUGGACUCCGCCUCGGACCUCACCAGCCGCUCCUCCACCCUCUCCUCCGGCUCCGUCUCCCUCUCCCCCAAACUGGGCGCAGACAAGGAGGCGGCCACCAGCGAACUGCAAAACAUCCAGCGCCUCGUCAGUGGGCUCGACCCCAAGCAGGACAGAUCCCGCAGCGGCUCCCCGUAACCCCCCGCGCCUCCGGGAGCUCAUUUCAAAUCAGUCUCGCAGUGCACUUUGUUUGAAAGAAACCACAUCCUCCACCCCGCGAGUGUUUUUUUUUUUACCCUCUCCUUAUUUUUUUCUCUCUUUUUUUUUUUUUGUUUUGUUUUUUUGUUUUUCCGAUAUAAAAUCCCGCGGUUUAUCAACAAAAAGGUAUCUGGUGGAGCAAACGGGAAGAGGGGUCGGGGAUGGGGGAGCAGAGCCGAGCUGGGAGUGCUGGGUCGGAGCAGCCUGGCCGGGCCGAGGCACCGGUGGGGUUUUGUGGCACCCUCCUUUUUUUUUUUUUUUUUUUUUAAACAGUGUAAAAAGAAACACCAAAACACCCAGGAGAAAAAAAAAAAAAAGGAAAGAAAAAAAACCUAAAAGAAAAAAAAAUUUAAAAAAAAAUCAAACAGACUUACGAAUAAAAAUUAAGUAAGAGAAGUGAUUUUUUUUCUUUCCGAAAGAGAAGUGUGUAAGUAACUCGCAUAUUGGUUCUUCAACAGUUGUUUCUUGGGCGGGUUGUUAACGACAACCCCCUUAGUCGAUAUUAAGGGAAGCUGUGUGUUUAAAAUAUUAUUGUGAUGUCUGAGAGCCAGUCGGUGGCUUUUUAUUUUUUUUUUUUUUGCAUGUUCCAUAGUAGUCUGCCUUUUUUUUUUUUUUUGGGGGGGGGAGUAUUUUUUUAUUCCGGUGGGGUUUUGUUGUUUAUUUUCAAUGCUCGUUUCAAAUCCCAGGGAAAAAAAUUAUUAAUGAUAAAAACAAAAAUAAGACUUUCGUCCCUCUACCUUAAACAUCCUCCCUGUAGCAGCAAAAAUAAGAAGUGUAGUUGGAAAGAAAAAAAAAAAAGUGAUUUUAUUUUAUCUAAAAACCUCUGUAGCUUGACUGUAGGUUUAUCACAGCUUUCCCUCUUUAAUUGUAUAUGCAAUAACAAGGUUUAAACAUACUGAGAAGAAGAAAAGAGCGGACACUAUUAUUAAAACAAAGUAUUUAUGUAAUUAUUUGAUAACUCCUGUAAAUACGUGGAAUAUGAAUACUCGAAAUUAAACUUUAAUUUAUUGACAUUGUACAUAUCUCUGUAAAUAUGACUGCAGCCGUCUUCUUUUUUUUUUUUCCCUUCUGUUUUCAUUUUUAGUCGUUUUCAUUUCAAGUUUGUAAUUCCUUUAAACAUACACCCCCGACCCAGAGGAGAAAUUCCCCCAUUUCUGAGGGCUCACUUUUUUAAAGCGGAGCUCAGCCCAGAAAAACCUGACCUCGUCCUUUUCUAAAGGAGCCGAAUGCAAAAAAAAAAAAAAAAAGCAAAGCGGAAAGAAACGAAAUUAAUCAAAGACCUUAAAAGAAUCAAAAGAGAGAAAAAGAAAAAGCAACGUGCCAUAGUGGCUUUUAAUCCUCAGUUUCUUCGGUGUUCAAAGCACUACUUGCCGUAUAAAAUGUCAACAGCAAAAUAAUAAUAUACAUUAAAACACGACAACAGGCUUCUCCAGUGGCUUGAGAGAAAAAAAAAAAAAAGGUGAAGAUUCUAGGAUUUUCUUUACUUUGUUAUUAUUUUUCCCUCUUUCCUCGGUAUGUCAAAACAACCCCGCGAUGGAGUUUUACUACUGUGCUUAUUGUUGUCUUUGUUUGAGUGAGUGCAUAUUUUCUUGGGUUGAAAGUCAGGUGCUCGGAGCUGGUUCAAAGGAAAAAAAAAAAAAAUGAAGGUAUAUUUUGUGUUAUAUAAAUGUUGAGAAGUUCUUGCUAUUUUUUUUUUCUGUAAUUUUUUUUUUCCUUCCCCCUUUUAAAAAGUCACUGAAGUUUCAAUAAAUUUUUAUUGAAAUGUC